ACUAUACACUAAUCUUUUACUAAAUCCAACUCAAACCCGUUUUCCUUGUCAAAUUUUGCAGAAACUCCAUAAAAAUUAUUGCACAAGUUCCAUCAAACUCUGCAGGAAUUCAUGGGCUCAGAAACUUUCCUGGAAGUGAUAUUGGCAAUACUCCUACCACCUGUUGGAGUCUUCCUGCGUUAUGGCUGUGGAGUGGAGUUCUGGAUCUGUUUGCUGCUAACAAUAUUGGGAUACAUACCUGGAAUCGUAUAUGCCAUCUAUGUGUUAGUGGGAUAGCCUGGCUCAUGACGAUGUUGAUACUAGUAUGAGAGUUUUUUUUUUUAUGCGACAUGAUCUAUGCAGCGUGGUUGAUGCUUUCAGAAUAGCAAACUUAUGGAUGUUUUCAGAGUAAAUUUCUUCUUUUUUUCUUAUGUUUACCAUUUACAUUUACAAUAAUGGUUUCGGAUAGUGAUAUGAGAUGAGAUGGUUUUAGCUGAAAGUUGAAUAAAA